AUGAUGGCACCCAAUGGAGGGGGUUGGGGAAGGGCCCUCCUGAGAAGCUACCCGUGGGGGAGGGAUAACCAAAGGAAGCUGAGUGUGGCAAGAAGCUUCUACACGCAGCAGAUAGUCCCUGCCAUGCACACCAGUGGAAAAGUCGUACGAAGUGGAGCAAUCGCAAGCACACAUGCAAGGGCGCUACACAAUCAACAGAGAUGCACCUACUACACCAGCAGUGAUGGAAAGAAGUACGACAAAACUAUUUGGAACAAUUUAGGGAUUGUUAUUAUACCACAACAAACAGCCUACAUAAUUGAGCGUCUGGGGAAGUAUAAAAAAACCCUACUGGCAGGCAUCCAUUUUAUCAUCCCCUUUAUAGACAAAAUAGCCUACGUGUUUUCGCUAAAGGAGGAAACGAUAACUAUACCUAACCAAACAGCUAUUACUAAGGACAACGUAACUCUAAAUAUUGAUGGGGUGCUCUACAUAAAAUGCGACAAUCCGUAUAACUCUUCGUACGGCAUUGAAGACGCUGUUUUCGCCGUGACGCAGUUAGCCCAAGUUACCAUGAGGUCGGAGUUAGGGAAACUUACCCUAGACGCGACCUUCCUUGAACGAGAUAAUCUAAACGAAAAAAUUGUUAAAGCUAUUAACGAGUCGGCCAGAAACUGGGGUAUUAAAUGUAUGCGCUACGAAAUUAGGGAUAUAAUUUUACCAGUCAAUAUUAAGAAUGCCAUGGAAAAACAAGCAGAAGCAGAACGGAAGAAGAGGGCGGAAAUUUUACAAAGUGAGGGAGAAAGAGAGAGCGAAAUUAAUAUUGCCAUUGGAAAGAAAAAAAAGUCCAUUCUUAUUGCAGAGGGACAAUCUUUCGCAAUCAAAGCAAAAGCAGAUGCUACCGCAGAAGCUAUAGAAAUUAUUUCAAAUAAAAUAAAAAAGCUAGAUUCUAACAGUGCAAUUUCUCUUCUCAUAGCUGAGCAAUAUAUUGACGUUUUUGCCAACAUUUGCAAAAACAACAACACUGUUAUCAUUCCAGCCGACUUGAAUAACAUUAGUAGCUUAAUUUCGCAGUCCUUGUCUAUAUAUAAUAAUAUACAAAAUGCCAAGAAAGGGGCUUCUCCCCCACAGAUUGAGUCCCUCCCCAGUGAUGACUUAGUGCAUUCUGAAGAGAUGGACUGA